AUGACCAAAUUUACGGGACGCCCCCAGUAUGAGAUGGUUGAUUUCUUCGGCGACAUACAGGCUGACCCGUCACAGGAGAGCCCGCACGAGCACCAGCAGAACUUGCUGCUGUCGCGCAUCAUCACGAAUGUGGAGAAGCUCAACGAGGCCGUCAUGGUCAUGAACAAGGCACUGCAGGACAUUAACAUCCAGAACAUGGAUGUCGAGCUUGUUGCCCAGAUGUUCAAGAACUACCGCUCCAACGUGCUUUUCCACUUGGAAGCAAAUGCUCUGCCCGGCGACGACGACCCUGGCCUCGACAGCCUCGACAACGACCUCGCAGGCGAUUCAGACGGCAACCUGAGCUUUCUUCCCACCCUCUACGUCUUUAUCGAACCCGCCGACGCCGCGCGUGGCCGCGCGAGCUUCAACCCAACGUGUCUCAAGUGGCAGACAUUCCUGCGGUUUGCCGACAUCCCUGUGCGUUUGGCUGCCUCGUCCAACCAUGCCUCGCCCACCGGCGCCCUGCCAUUCUUGCAGCCCGCCCGACGGAGGACGCCGUCCCAGCCGAAGUCAAAGGCAACAACGACACCACAGCCGCCACGGCCCAUUCCGGCCCACGACUUCCCGGCAUUUGUCAAGAAGAAUGCCCAGGCGUCACAGUCAUCGUCGUCAUCGUCAACUAUAAUCCCCUCGACCCUGCGUGACAACCCCAAGGCCGCCGCCUACCAAGCCCUGCUCGAUACCAGCCUGCGCCGCGCUUGGCUGCACGCCGUCUACCUCGACGAGACUGCGCCAUCCACGUCAUCCACGCCAUCCACACCAAAAAAAGCAUCUGGGCAGUCCAUUGCUGCCCGCCUCUACGCCCAUGCCGCCUCGACGUCGCCGCUCAUCCGCUGCGCUCUGGCCGGGCAGCUGCGCACCGCCGCGGCCGCCGAGGUUUGGGGCAGCAGCAGCGGUGCACAGGCCGUGACGGCGUCGGCGACGGCGCAGCUGUACCGCGAUGCAGAGGCUGCAUUGGCGGCGUUGUCGACGCUGUUGGCGGGGGAAGACGCAAACGAAGAGGCAGAUGGCCGGUACUUUUUUGGCAGCCGCGAGCCGACCCUGUUUGAUGCGGCCGUGUUUUCGUACACGCACCUGUUGCUGGAGGACGACGAUGACAACGACCAAAGCGGACGGCGGCCCCGCUUCAGGUGGCACAAUCGUGUGCUGCCCGAUAUGGUGCGUGCGCACCCGCGGCUGGUCGAGCACCGCGACCGCAUUGUGGCACGAUACUGGCCGAAGCAGGAUGUGGAUGGGUCGGAAACAGCGGCCGAAAAGACUCCAGCCGCCGACACAUCCGCGAGCUGGAUCCAGGUCUAG